AUGAAUGAAUCGAUUUUUACAAAUUUAAAUAUAUCAAAUCAAUUAUCUCAAAUUGAUACAUCAGAAAAAAAUAAUAAUAAAUUAAAACGAAAAAGUGUAGACCAUCCAAAAGAAAAAAUUUGGGAAUAUUAUAUAACAAGUAAUGUUACAAGUGAUUAUAGUGCAACUUGUCAUUAUUGUUCAAAAUAUUGGAGCUGUGGAUGUCUUUCAGAAAUGGAGGCUCAUCUUGCAAAUAUUUGUCAUAAUGUUCCUAAAGAUAUAAAAGAAUAUUGGCAAAAAUUACUUUUGGAUAAGAUUAUUAAUUACAAAAUUUCAACUACAAAUCAACAUGAAUAUCUUGUUGAAGACUAUUCCAAAAUUUUACAAACUGGAAUAUAUAUUACAAAUGAAAUCGAAAAUAUUAUUUUAAAUAUAGGUAUUAACAAAUUUGUUGGAAUUGUGACAGAUGGAGGUAGCAAUGUUAGAGUUGCAUAUCAAAUAAUUAAUAAAAAAUAUCCACACAUUUUAAAUAUUUGA